AUGCAUAUGCAAUCAAGAGACGCGGAAAAUUAUAUCAUUGGAAUAAUUGUUGGCUGUUAUCCUGUUAUUGAAUUCGAAAAAUCUGGAGAAAAAUGCAAGAGGAUGGUAAUUAAUCUUCUUAUUGAUGGGAAAAAAUUUGAUUGUACUCUAUUUGGUCACUAUGUCGAUGAAUUCAAUUCAUACUUUGAUAAUGAUGCAUCUACAAACAACGUUCUGGUGGUUCAAUAUGCAAGGGUUAAAACUUUUAGAGGAAGAACACAAUUGCAAAACUCAAUGUACUCCACAAAACUGUUCUACAAUCCAGAAAUUUCAGAAGUGAAUGACAAAAAUGAAAAUCAGGUCAUAACUCCCAACCUAUCCCAGAAAUCUAUCUAUGCACAGACAUCUGCUGAGGAAGAUUUUCUUCAUAAGAACACAAGAAUGUCAAUUGAGAAACUUAAGGAUUGUGAACAUGAAAAAUAUGUAGUGAUUAAGGCCACCAUUAAACACAUUGUAGACUCUGAUGAUUGGUGGUACCCUGCGUGUAAAUGCAAUCGAUCACUUAUUCAACGGAGCAAGUUGUACUAUUGUGAAAGUUGCAAACACCACCUUUUGACAGCAAUCCCAAGAUACCGAAUAAAGGUCCGGGCUACUGAUGAAAGUGACUUUGUAUCCUUGGUUAUAUUUGAUGAAGAGGGAUCUCUGAUAUUAAACCGAACAUGUUCUGAGUUCAUUGAUAUACUUGAUAAGAAAAAUACCCUGCACAUUCCUCCGGCUCAACUGCUUGAUUUGGUGGAUAAGACAUUCUUAUUCAAGGUUGAACUAAAAAAAAAUCAAAGCUCCAAAUAUGAAGCAUGCUAUCGUGUUAACAGACUAACUGAUGAUGCUUCAAUCAUCCAAAAGUUCACUGAACUCAUGAGUCCAAAAAAAUUGGAGGUUGACAGAUCGGUCACAGAAGUCAUCAAAACAAAUCCACAAAAGACUGAAAUUGCAAAAAUGAACUCAAAGGAUUUGAUGACUGAUUUUACUGCUUCUAUUGAUGAUGAGCUUAAGUCUGAAGAAGUUAAGCAAAAGAGAAAAUAUGACAGCCCAACUGUGACUAAGAAAGAUCCAUUCAAGAGGACUUAUACCCGCAAAAAGGGUACUGCUGGUGGAGAAGCAUCUGAUGUUCCAAACAACAAAAUCAUCAAGAAAAUCAAAAAAGAGAAGAUCUAA